UUUACAGUUAACCCGGUGCCUCUGCUGUGUAACAUUGCUCUUGGCUCUGUGAUGCAUGUAAUCUUCUUGGAAACACACACCCCUGCCCUGAUGCCAGAUUCUGACAUGAAAUCAGGUGUAUAAAUAUAAGCCUGCGAUGGUACCUGAGAACACACCUUAGUACAUACCCAUUUCCAUCUGAUGCUGAACAAGCUGCAGAACACAGACGCAAGCAUGUCCAACGCAGUUGUUGCUCUUCUGGUCUUCUCUGCACUUCUGUGCUACAACGCACAAGCGUACCCCGGGAGUGCCGCUGAUUGCUGCUUGUCCACCACUGAAACCUUAGUUCCACGCCGCAUCGCUGAAUCCUAUACCAUCCAAACCGUAGAGAGCGGAUGCCCCAUUCCAGCUACUGUGUUCAUCACAAAGAAGAACAGGAAGCUGUGCUCUCCACCAAUAUAUGACCAGAAAAAUUCAUGGGUGUUGAAGCUCGUCGAAUUCCUGGAUAAUCGUCACGCCAAGAUCAACGGCGCUCAGUGAUAAACAGGGUGAAUAUGUCCAGGCCUGUCGGAUCAUCACGCAUGGAUUUUCUGUGACAGCUCCUGUUAUGUUUAAUAAGCUAUACUUCUCCUUUGUAUCUUUACGUGUCAAAGCACACGC